ACUCAGCAUGCUGAAUCACUCUGGAAUCACUAUUAUCAUAAUGCAAUGGAGGCCAGCAGUGAAGACCCUGUGAUGGAACAACAAGUAAAUGAGGACUCGUGUCCUACAGUCCAUGAGACGACCAGUCCAGAGCAGCCUGAGGCAGGAGAUGUAUCUGUGGGUGAGCCUGGAGGGCCUGCAGAAGAGGCUGUCAAGUUGAAGGAGGGAGACACUGCUGGAGGGAGUGUCAAGUACCAGCCAAACUGGUCGACUUUGUCUAAGGAGGACAUUGUUGAUAAAGUGAAGGGUGUCAUCUACGGGCAAGCCAUUGGAGAUGCUCUAGGUCUGGCUACUGAGUUCAUGACCAAAGAGAUGGCUAAAGGUGUGUAUGGGAAGAAAGGACCUUCAGGCUAUUCAGACAUUCAUCAAGACUUCCACAGAUCAAGGUGGGACAAGGGAGAUUGGACUGACGAUACUGAUCAGAUGUUGCUCAUCUUGCAAAUGAUUCUUGAUCGUAAUGGAGGUGUGGACAAAUUGGACUUUGCCAAGAGAAUCCAGAACUGGAGGAGUCAUGGAUUCUCAGAGUUUGGAGAUCUUGGUGGAAUGGGAAUCGGGAUGACUGUCAGUCGCACACUGUCCCAUUCCCAGUUCCUCACCGACCCUCACGCUGCUGCCAUUGAUGUCUGGGAGAGAUCCGGGAAGUACCUCGCUGCGAAUGGAGCCAUCAUGAGAACUAGCAUUCUAGGUGUAGCCAACUUUAAUGAUCUUGAGAGGGUGGUGGCUAACACUGUUGAGAUAUGCAAGGUCACACAUGCUGACCCGCGGUGUGCAGCCAGCUGUGUGUCUACCACCAUUGCCAUAGCCCUGAUGUUGCAGGGGAAAUUCAACCCCAACAACAAAAAUCAGCUAUCUGCACUUGUGAAAUCUUCCAUGGAAGAAGGUGAGAAAACUUUGGAGCACUCGGAUCAGAAGGUGGAGCUGAAGGAUCACAUGACGGCUUCGUCUCUGGACAAGCUCAAGUUGUAUGACCAGAAAACCAUGGGGUACACGUUUAAAGCAUUGGGAGCAGGCUUCUUUUCAUUAAGGAACAGUAAGGACUUCAGGGAGAUGUUACUGAAGGUCAUCAUGGAGGGUGGAGAUGCAGACAGCAAUGGCGCCGUGUGUGGGGCUCUCAUGGGCUGCAAGUUUGGAUUUAAAGCUCUGCCCCAAGACCUCCUUGCCUUCACGCACAGGGACUGGCUGGACACACAGGUGGACAAGUUCCUAGCGACCAUAGGACUUAACUAGUUUCUAAACUCAACCAUCAAAAUGUUUAUUAGUUGUAUUUUUCUGUUUUGUGUUUCUUAACUCAUAAUAAUGGUGUUCACUAGAUAACAUUGUUCUGAAAGUGUUUUUUAACUUCAUUAUUAUAAUAAUGCAUAAUUAUGACAUAA